AUGCACUGGACAACCAUCCAAGACACCACCACCCCACACCGAUACAGUACCCCUCCCUCCACCCCGCCACAAGCAGCCACAAGCAGCCACAAGCAGCCCCCCCGUCCCCGUCCCCGUCCACACCGACCGCACUGCCAAAGAGGGCGGAAACUCGCUCUCUCGCUCUCUCUGUCUCUGUCUCUCUGUCUCUCUCUCUCUCUCUCUCUGUCUCUCUCUCUCUCUGUCUCUCUCUCUCUCUCUCUCUCUCUCUCUCUCUCUCUCUCUCUCUCUCUCUCUCUCUCUCUCUCUCUCUCUCUCUCUCUCUCUCUCUCUCUCUCUCUCGCGUACCUUGUGUACCUUGUGCAUGAGAGGAAAGAAGAAAAUGGGAAAAAACAAGUGUUGUUGACGACUAGACGAGAUUGUCAUCAGCAAAAAAAAAAAAAAUCGCUCUCUCUCAACUCCUCAUCCCUCUUAACGCUCUCUCUGAAAGUCUCUCUAAAGUUGAAAGUCUCUAACGUCUCUCUCUCUGAAAAAGUUUCUCUCUUUCUCUCGCUCUCUCUCUCUCACUUUUCUCAAAUUUCGCCCAAAAAAAAGCAAAAAAUCAGAAAAAUAAUUUUGAGCAGCAGCCGGUACGUCCCCGCGCGCGCGCGCGUGUGUGUGUGUGUGUGUGUGUGUGUGUGUGUGUGUGUGUGUGUGUGUGUGUGUGUGUGUGUGUGUGUGUGUGUGUGUGACGCCGAGACGGUGGCGGUUGUAUCGUGCUCAGGCCGGGGCAGGAGCAGCGAUGAGGACAAACCCACACGCUUGCUGCUGAGCUUUCUCGCCUUGCUCGAGGCGGCUUAUGUGUUUGCGCGCCGCCUCUACUAUCAAAACUUUGUCCCGGCCAGUUUGGCAGGCCUCUCUGAUGACCAGUAUCGCCUACUCUGCGUACCAGACGAGGUCAAGGCCUUGGCUCGCGGUGUACCUCAGAAGCAAAAGCCCGCUGAUGCGUCCCAGGGGCGACCUUCAACCACUCAAGUCCAUACGCCCCAUGGUGGGACUGCGUCUCGCAACAACGCCUGGCGCCAACGUCUGCACGACUCACCCAUCACCAGCCCAGUCCAGCAGCGAGGCAGCGUUGGAUCCCCGUUUGGCAAUCGUCUGAAUGAGAGUGGUCAUGAUCACAGUGGCAUCUUCUCUGAACCAACUUCCCCCAUGACUUCGCCCCGGGUCUAUCGACGCUCGGCCAGCUUCAAGUCCCCUACCAAACACAAGGGCCGCGUAUCAGACGUCUUGAGCCUCACACGCUAUCUUGACACAAGUCAACAAAACUCCACCCUUGCAAACAAUGACCUGUCAACGCCGCGUGAGAACACGGCCGUCUACGACAUGGUCAACAACCUCGGCACAAACCUGACGCGUGCCGUCAAGUACUUGACUGCCGUCAAACCCCGAACUGCGCCCAAAGCUGAAAAGCGCGACCGCGAUGACCUGUCGGGCGAUGAGGUUUGGAAGCACUUGCGCAUGUCGUCGUCCCAGGUCGCCACUGCCACCGAGCGCUGUCAGAUGUGGAUCACACAUGCCGUGCUUCGGCCCGUGGCCAAGGAAAUUCGCCACUUAAACACCGUUCUUCGCAAUGCGCGUCUCUCGUCUCGUAUUGGCUCGUCAAGCCUGACUCAGAUUGAAAAGCUGCAUCUGGACGAUCCGGUUGCUCUUCAGCGCUUGUUGCCAUUCUUGCGCCUUCACGACGCGCAAGAUUACCUCGUUGGCCGCUUUUUUGCCUUGGCCGACCAAGAGGGCUACAACUGGCAGGGUGGCGGUGACGUGAAGGAUCUCAAUGGCAACAUUGUAUCUUGGAAAAAGGGCUAUCCUACGGACGCUGAGAUUUUGUUUCACUCGCUAUGCUGCUUUUUAAAUGAUCCAUCCACGCUGUACGUGCCACGUGCGUACGACACCGUGGAGCAAGAGGCGCGCUCCUUCAGCUCUCUGCACGUCAUCAAGCACCCCGAGACAAUCGAUGACAUGAAGCGACGUCGUGACAAGACGCAGGUCUACAUCUUCAAGACCGAGAGUGAGCUCCCGCAUUUCAAGCUUGUCGUCCAGGAUACAGAUCCCCAGUAUCACCAGUGGAACCUCGCCAAGGGACGCAACAAUCUCUUUCAUGUUGUCGUGGCGCUUUUGCGCUUUGUGCGCCUACGCCAAAAUGGUCGCAUGGACUACUUUGCAGACCGCUCGUUGGAGCAGCAUGACCUAAACAUGCUCUGGAUCGUUGAUUAG